CCGCCUGGUCACACCAGCACCGUCAAAAAAACCAAUUGUUUGCGUGUUCAACGCUGAUUUCAACCGUAAUUGCCGGCACAGAUUGACUGACUUAGGUCCACGGGUUAGGAUAGGAUAACUAGAGCAGGACACGAUGCAGCACGCACUACUUCUUACAGGACUGGCGCUGAUGGGCAGCAUUUCCAGGGGAGCCGCCACAGAAUCCAACGUGGUCACCUGCGGCUCCAUCCUGAAGCUGCUUAACUCGGACUACGCCUUCCGCCUGCACUCCCACGACGUCAAGUACGGAUCUGGGUCCGGGCAGCAGUCGGUGACGGGCGUGGAGCAGAAGGAGGACGUGAACAGCCACUGGGUGAUCAAGGCGCAGACCGGCGAGCUGUGCGAAAGGGGCGAGCCCAUCGCCUGCGGAUCCACCGUGCGACUGGAGCACCUGUCCACCAAGAAGAACCUGCACUCGCACCACUUUUCGUCGCCGCUCUCCGGCGAGCAGGAGGUGUCCGCCUACGGAACGGACGGACUGGGCGACACUGGCGACCACUGGGAGGUGGUCUGCUCCAACGAGAACUGGAUGCGCACUGCCCACGUAAGGCUGCGCCACAUCGACACCGGCAUGUACCUGGGCAUGUCCGGCCGCUCCUACGGCAGACCCAUCUCCGGCCAAAUGGAAAUCGUUGGCGUCCACAAGCCGCAGCACGGAACGCGCUGGACCACGGCGGAGGGCCUUUUCAUCGUGCCCAAGGAGAAGAGCUCAACGAACGAGGAGUACGCCCACUCGGAGCUGUAGUGCUCCUAAGGGAAUCGACUGCUGCAGUUUCGUACUACUAUUAGUUCUGUAAUUUAUAACUUAGUUGAAUUUUUAUUGAAUACCCAAAAGCAAACCAUGAAAUUAAAAUUAUUUAAACUCAG